CAUUAAUUCCCGAUACAACUCAAACAUUCAUUUAAUUUGACCUGCAAGCCAACCACAUCCCCCUUUCUCCCAAGAAAACAUGCUCAAAUCUUAACUCACUUCCCCAUUUGGUCAAGUGAAAGCUCAAGGGCCGCCAUUAGUCACCCUCGAAGGCUCUAGCUGUAUAGAAAGAGAGCCUUUGUUUUCGCAGUGGCUGUACCAACAGCAGCGGCAGUAAACGAGGGCUUGAACAUGGGGAGUGUAUCACAAGCUUAUUUAGAGAGCAAAGCGGUGCAGGAGACAAAGUCUUUGAUAUCUGAGCUUUGCCGCCAGUUCUAUAACCUUGGAUGGGUCUCUGGAACAGGUGGCAGCAUCACCGUGAAGGUCCAUGAUAGUUCUAUCCCUAAACCUCAGCAGCUCAUCCUCAUGUCCCCUUCUGGUGUUCAAAAGGAGAGAAUGGAACCAGAAGACAUGUAUAUAUUAUCAGGAGAUGGGUCUAUAAUAUCUUCACCUUCUCCAAAGCCAUACCCUCAUAAGCCUCCAAAGUGCUCUGAUUGUGCUCCUCUUUUCAUGAAGGCAUAUCAUAUGCGUAAUGCUGGAGCUGUUAUCCACACUCAUGGAAUGGAAUGUUGUCUUGUAACAAUGAUCAAUCCACUUUCAAAAGAGUUUCGGAUAACUCAUAUGGAAAUGAUAAAAGGUAUUCAAGGACAUGGUUACUAUGAUGAACUUGUGAUCCCAAUAAUCGAGAACACUGCCUAUGAAAGCGAGCUCACAGAUUCUCUUGCCAAAGCUAUUGAAGCCUAUCCGAAAACAACUGCUGUGCUUGUUCGGAAUCAUGGCAUAUAUGUAUGGGGAGACUCAUGGAUCAGUGCUAAAACUCAGGCUGAAUGCUACCAUUACCUCUUUGAUGCUGCUAUUAAACUUCAGCAGCUGGGCUUAGACUGGUCUACACCAGAUCAUGGCCCCAUUCAGAAUGUUAAAGGAGUUUCAGGUGUCAAUGGCAGGAUCAAUGUGUCUGCGAAGGCCAGUACAGUGGAUUCAAAUUAUAAAAUCCAGCCAUUUCCACGUUGCAUUGUGCUUGACAUUGAAGGGACUACAACUCCUAUUUCAUUUGUAGCAGAUGUACUCUUUCCCUAUACCCGAAACAAUGUUGGGAGGCAUUUGUCUGCAACAUAUGCUAGUGCUGAAACCCAAGAUGAUAUUAAGUUGUUACGUUCUCAAGUUCAAGACGACUUGAAGCAAGGAGUUAUUGGCACUGUACCUAUCCCCUCCAAGGAUGCGGGAAAAGAGGAGGUGAUUGCAGCUUUGGUUGCUAAUGUGGAAGCAAUGAUAAAAGCUGAUCGAAAAAUCACUGCCUUAAAGCAAUUGCAAGGUCAUAUAUGGCGAACUGGAUUUGAGAACAAUGAGCUGGAAGGAGUAGUUUUUGAUGAUGUACCAGAAGCUCUUGAAAAGUGGCAUGCUUUGUGUAUAAAGGUAUACAUAUAUUCUAGUGGUAGCAGGUUGGCUCAGAGGCUUUUAUUUGGAAAUUCAAACUUUGGCGAUUUGAGAAAGUAUUUGUCAGGAUUUUUCGACGCCACAGUGGGGAACAAAAGAGAAACUCACAGUUAUGUUGAAAUCACUGAGUCAUUGGGAGUUAAUAAGCCAUCUGAGAUACUGUUUGUGACUGAUUUGUAUCAAGAAGCCACAGCUGCAAAAGCUGCAGGUUUGGAGGUGGUAAUCUCUGUCCGGCCAGGAAAUGGUCCUCUUCCAGAGAACCAUGGAUUCAAGACUAUCAACUCCUUCUUGGAUAUCUAAUAGAUGUUUUGUGCUUCUGUAAUAAGAUCAACUGUAACAGUUUAUACACAAAAUAAAUCACUUUUGGAUGCAAUAAAUCUUGGUUUUGUUACAACCCUUUUAUCAAUCUGUUGUUGCCGAUUUUGUUUUAUGUUUCA